AUGUCUCACAACUUGGACAUUUUUCCCUCGAGUCCCACACAUGUCUCUCAUUUGGUCAUUUUCAUCAUUCAUGAAAUUCUAGACUUUAGCAGCGAGUUAGGGUUUUAUAUGGAGAUUACCAAUAAAAAUUUGAACUUCAGCUGGUCAAUGCACGAACCUGGGGUAGAUCUAUGUACGGGUACACCUUUAACAUAA